AUGAAUGACCAAAAAGUCACUUCAAAUAAGUGUUUGCCAAGGAGAGCACAGAAUGAGUCUUGCUUCGCCCAACCUCAACCAUGUAAAACGGGGAAAAAGCCCACUGUUGAUGGCAGCGUUCCAAGAGAAAACCUUUCUCCAUCAGAAAAGCCCAACAUCUCUACGGCGUCUACAGCUAAUGGUGUUAAAUCCCUCCAUGAACAGCCCCUGGUCUCCACAAGAGAGGAUAUAACUGAUCAACCAAGAUCCACCGCCGAGGGAUUAGCCGAUCAACUGGGACCCACAGAGCAGGGAGCUCAGCUUCUCGAGGGAGCUCAGGAAUCUGGGCCCCCUCAGCCAGCUGGCAAAAAUGAGACGCCGGGAGCGGACAAAAAGGAGAAAGACAGAGAAACAGCGACAACUCGGCCUUUGGAAGGGAAUGCUGAGACUGAGCUCUUAGGAACAGAAGCUGAGCGUCCGUGUGUGAGGAUGGCUGGAAAUCAGACCUCGCUUGGAGCAGUAGAAGACACCGCGAGUCCACACGCUGCAGGAGGGAUGGAGCCGCUAGGACCAGCCAAGGCCAUGCAGCCUCGGGGAACAGCAGGAGAGCUACAAGCUCCAGAAGCGGUGGAUAAGGAUGACCAGUUCCAGAUUCCAGAAAUCGUUCCCCAAGAGAAUGAAGCUCCAGAAAUACCGGAGGGCAGUCAACUUGGGGAAACAGCUGAAGAGCAGCAGCUUCAAGCCACAGAGGGAAAAGAUGGGCAGCCUCCACUUCUAGACACAAUUCCCAGAGAGACUGGAACAUCAGAACUAUCAGACAGAAGUCGGAUUAUGGAGGCAGCUGUAGACGCUGAUUCUCUCCACAAAGCUCUGGAAGUUCCUGGAAGCAUGGGACACAUCCAGCUAGAGGGAACAGUUGGAAGCUUGGAGCAUCCAGCAGGGAUGAUAGAGGCAGAGACAAGUGUGGAACUGGUCCGGGAAAUUCACACCAACCAUUCACAGCACAUUGAAGGAGAGACUGGAGAAGAGAUCAUCGGAACGGAGAAGGAGGGUGAGGACGUGCGUGAAGGGGUUGAAACAAAAGAAGAGGAAACGGGAGAAGCUGUGGACUGUCCAGCAGCCGCAGGCAGAGCUGGUAUCGUGGUUGAAUGAUGUGCGGCCGUGGGCUUUGAUAACAGAGAUGACGUAAAAAAAACGGCAGUGAUGCUGUGGUCAUUGAUGUUAGCUCUCAACAUCUACAUGCUUUGUGCAAGGAGUGUGAUUAUAGAGAAGUGGUUGGGUCUCGGGAUGAUAACAAUGUGCUCUUGUUUAUG